AUGGAUUUUAGCAAUAUUGAUACUUCACCAAAUCACAAAAGUAACAAAUAUUGUUUUGUACCUUCGUGUCGCAACACUACUUAUACUACUCCGGAAAAACAUUUUAUUUCUGUUCCCAAAAAUGAUGAAGUGAGAAAACAAUGGUGUAUUGCUGCUAAUUGCCCUGAUAAACGUCUUGAAACUGAAUCUUAUUGUUGCGAAGACCAUUUUGAUUUAAAGGAAGAUUUGGAAAACUAUUUUUAUGUAACGACGGUGCCUAAUGCUCGAAAAAUUUUAAAAGAAGGAGUUGUGCCCCGGUUUUUCAAUACAGCUAACACUGCAACUACUUCAAAAAAUACGAAUUUUACAGAAAUAAUGAUUAAUAUGGAAACAUUAGACGGCAGCAAUGAUUUAAUGAAGGAAGAAAUACUUAACAACAGCAUUAAAAAUGUAAAACAAGAACCAAUUUAUGAAAAUGAUCAAGAUUUGUACACAAGUAUGAUUAAUUAUGAAGAAGUGAUGAUUAAAAGUGAAAUAUUCGAUGAAAAUGUUGUAAUGGAAGUUGAACGAAUUAAAAAUGAAACACCAGAAGAAGACAGCAAUGAUAUUAAUAGUGUUGUGAGUGUUUGUGAAAAUGAUCAACAAUUGUGUACAAUUAACUACGAAAAUAUUAAACCUGAACAAGAAUUACAUACAGAACUGAUUAUUAAAGAUGAAAUAUUAAAUGAAAAAUCUAUUUUGGAAUCACAAGAAAUUCAUACUCCAAGUACAAACCAAUCAUUUUCAUGUGAUCAAAGUUCUUUAGUUCAGCAUAAACGGAUUCACAGUGGAGAAAAACCGUUUUCAUGUGAUAUUUGUAAAAAAACAUUUACUGAGAAAAGUUCUUUAGUUAAACAUAAACAGAUUCAUAGUGGACAAAAACAAUUUUUAUGUGAUAUUUGUAAUAAAACAUUUAGUCAGCAAGGUAAUUUAGUUGCGCACAAACGGAUUCAUAGUGGAGAGAAACCAUUUUCAUGUGAUAUUUGUAAGAAAACCUUUACCGAGAAAAGUAAUUUAGUUAAGCAUAAAAAGAUUCAUAGUGGAGAAAAUUCAUUUGCAUGUGAUAUUUGUAAUAAAACAUUUACUUAUCAACAUAAUUUAGUUCAACAUAAACAAAUCGAUUUAUAG